AUGAGUAUUAUCCAGGACAAAUUAGGCAAUGAGUUUUUGCGCAACGGCGGUAUGGACCCCAAUUUUGCACCAGGCAUGCUCAUGUUCAGCCACUUGCCUCCUGUCACCAGCUUUACUCGACUGGCUUCCCAACCAGUGAUGAACGAGCUUCCACAGGAAAUGAUUCUGAAGAAGGAACGGGACUCGCCGCCAGAGAAUCAGGGAAAUCCUGGUCCCAAUACAGGGGGGUUCCUCCACAGCAUGGGCAUUAAGCAGGAGCGAUUAAGUGAGCUUGAUUACCGCAUGCCUCUCUAUGGAGGGAAUGGAGGAGUGCAUGUCAAUUGUUCUGGAGUGGACGCAGGGAAGAGCGUUGAAAUGCCAGAAAUGUCCUACAGCAAUCAUCACCAAAAUCACCAGAACAUGCUCCUUCAUGAUUUGAGCCUUGUAAAUAUGCCUGGAAGACCAGGUAAAGAGACAAAAGAUUCCUCAGUCAGAAAAGGCAGAAGAAGCAACGGAGAGGGACAAACUGGCAAGCCCCGGCGGAAGCGCAACGAUCCUGCCAAGGCUAUGAUGCUGGAUGCGGAUGGAAUGUGCCUGUCACCGAACUCGAAACCACAUAUCUGUGAGCACUGUAACGCUGCUUUCCGCAGCUCCUAUCACUUGCGCAGACAUGUACUCAUACACACAGGUGAGAGGCCUUUUCGGUGCAGUCAGUGUAACAUGAGCUUCAUUCAGAAGUACCUGCUCCAGCGACACGAGAAGAUUCACAGUGGGGAGAAACCUUUUAGCUGUGACCAGUGCAACAUGCGCUUUAUUCAGAAAUACCACAUGGAGCGACACAAGAGGACACAUAGUGGUGAAAAGCCAUAUCGAUGUGACACCUGCCAACAAUUUUUCUCAAGAACAGACCGGUUACUGAAGCACAAACGGACUUGUGUAGAAGCCAUAAAGAAAGGCUUGGACCCAAACAUGCUGGAGCUCAGCGAAGCCGAACUGGGCCAGGGCAGCUAUUCACACACUCAGGGAAACGCUACCACCUCUGGACGUAAGAGGGCAAAGUCAAAAAACGGGGAGGGAGGUGAGCGGAAACGGAAGAAAAAUGCCUCAGCUUCUGCGGCUGGAGGUUCUUCUGAUGGAAUGGGCUUGCAGGACUUCAACAUGGAGCACCCAUCUGGUUCUGCUGGGAUGCACGGCCGCACUCCUAAACUUGUGUUUAAAAAAGCCGGACGGAAGAGCUUGGAUAAAGGGCUGCUUUCCCUGGAAGAUGGCAGCGAUGGACAGAAACUCUUGCACCAGAAAACGGACUCCAUGGAUCACGUGGAAGGAUCAAGUUUGGAUAAUAUAAGCAUGCUGCAGGGAACAGGGGGUAACAAGCAGGGUCCCACCUCCACCAGCAACUAUGACGACGCAAUGCAGUUUGUCAAAAAGAGGCGUUACCUCCAUGCAGUGAACAGUGACUUCGGGGCAGGGACACUGCACAUGGCCUCGCAAGCAGGCGGUGUCAUCCAGGGCUCUCUGGGAUCUGAGCCUACACUGGCCAUGCUGGACUCGCCUCUCGAGCUCAAGCAUGACAAGUCAGGCAUUCCAGAUGAGGUCCUGCAGAGCCUGUUGGAUCAUUAUAGCCAAAAGUCUGAUGCAACGCACCAUCAUGAUGUGACUUUCGACCUGUCAGACCAUCCUCACCACGUCGACCUUCAGCCCGCUGCUCCAGUUACACCUGAGCUGGAGGACGAUGUGACAAAUGGAGGCGAUAAGACCGCUGUAAUGAGUGAAUAUUCCAAGUUCCUCCUGCAGGCCCUAGAACGCACCAGUCACAGUGGGCCUUUCCCCAGCUUGGGCUCCUCAGGGCCUUUCCCCUUGUUGUCUACUGGCUCCAGUCCUACCGGCCCUCUAUUUUCAGACAAGCACAUAUACGCCACAUCCCCUCUAGACUGUUAUCCUGCUGCUGUAUCCUCACCACUGACUAUAGCCCCACCUUCCACUUCUUCCUCGUCAUCCUCAAAGUCUCAUUACGUCAUGUUAUCGUCCCAGGACAACUACCAUCUCAGCCUGGACUCUAGUAGCCACCAGCAGUUGACGCCGUCUCAGGAGCUGACUGAUCAGCUGGAUAAACAGCACUCCCCUGGCGCCUUCGACCUGACAGCUACAGCAGAGAGCACCAAGAGCCAAGCAUCUAAACCAGGGGCCAGCACUGCACCCAGCAACGGCUCCAGCUUCUCGGAGCUGUCUCAACUCAACGCCCAAAAAGAAACCACCUACCAGAUCGAGAACUUUGCCCAGGCCUUUGGAUCACAGUUCAAGUCGGGGCGGAGGACCCCUCUGAACUACGGGAGCGACCCAAGCACAGAGAAUGGGGCUGAAACUCCUUCUCUGCCUGCUUUUUGUAGUUACGGUUGUUUCAGUGGACCAAGUAACAACAACAGCAACAACAACCGCACCACCACCACCACCACCAACAGCAACAACAACAACAACCACACCAACAACAACAACAACAACAACAACAACCACACCAACAACAACAACUACGGAGGAAACACAACAACAACCAAACCACCAGCAACAACAACUGCAAAGCCAGACGCUUGCUUGUCAAGUCCGUGUAAAGGAGGAAGCACGUGUGUGAAAAGAGGAGAUGGUUUUGAGUGCUUGUGUCUGACUGGAGACAUCUAUAAUAAUGGAGCAUGUGUGCCUGCAAAGGUUUUUCCUGGGGAGUUAACCUUCCCAGGGACAUAUAAAAAGGAGAUGGAAGACCCAACAUCAGCUGAAUUUAAAGGAGUUGCAGAUGAUAUUGUUAAAAAGAUAGCGGCAGAUUAUAAAGAUAAACCUAAAGCUGUUUAUCUUGGCUCUACUGUGACUAAACUCAGCGAUAAAGCAACGGCAAAAAAUAUCAUGACGAGAACAGGGAAUAUCUUCGCUACAGUCGACAUAAAGUUUGAUCAAACAUCUCCAGUGAAAGCAGAGGAGGUGAAAGAAGCUGUAGGAGGGUUUACAGGAAUAGAUUUAUGUAGUAAGAGUCCAUGCGAUGACACUGCUGAAUGUGACGAUGGAACAGAAGGAAGAUUCGUCUGUAAAUGCAAAAAAGAGUACAUUAAAACAAAUUUCAGUGACCGCGUCUGUGUGGCCUGUCAAAAAGGUAAGAAAGCAGUGGAGGGCGUCUGUGUUGGGUGUGAUUUUGGAUACUCGGGUUUCAACUGUGAGGACGAUUGGCAGUUGAUUCUUGUGAUAGUUGGUACUAUCUUUGGCGCGCUCCUAGUGGUCACGACAACUCUUAUACCAGUCGUGGCUUUGAAGGCAAAGAAGAAAUCCAAGAAGGGGAAAGCGGAUAAUGUUGAAAAGUUGUAUCAGAAUCCUGCCCACAUAAAGCCGGCGCAGACCAACGGCUCUGCAUUGCCGCGCCCCAUCCCGCUCCAGACCGCUCCAGGGGGGGGCAGACCUGGAUUCGGGGGGAACAACGUGCCCAGGAUUCCACGAGCUACCGCCAAUGAGAGCUGGGAUAGCGGGAACCUGGACAGGGGCCGGCAGAAUCUUAUCCCUGGAAGAAACUCUCGUCAGUUUGAGGAUCAGGACUCAAACCCGUACAGCCGCCCUGUGAAGUCCCAGAACCCGUACUCAGGGGGCCAACCUCAGACCAACCCCUACGCCUCUAACCAGGGCCACAGCAACCCAUACUUCAGGAACGACGAAGGAAGACGCUACUGA